AAUAUUAAAAUGUUUUAUGGAUAUCUGAGAUGGUCUACGUGGAGCUUGCAAACUACUUGGAAAAUGUUUCUGUGGAUUGAACAAAAUAACCCAUCUAUGUGUAUAGAGUUGCUACAGUGCAUGCAUUAAAAAGUAAAACAGACAGACUUCAAAAAUGUGGUUUAAACAGAAUGACAGGAAUAUGUGAUGUAUCUAAAAUGGCUCUCAUAACAUUCCAAAGUGACUCUGGUUUAUUCCAAAAAAUGUAUGCAUGAAAAUUCAACUAGUGAAGAAUUAUGUGUAUAUUAUAACUGUGCUAUUUAUUUCUGUAGAAAAUAGAAAAUAAUUGAAAAAAAUAUGAGGAUAUAAAAAAUGUAUCAACAGGACUUAGUCAUCAAGAGUAACCCAAUUGAGGAAGAAUACACAAUUUCAUGGAAUAAAAAGCUUGGUUCCGGAAUAAGUGGUCCUGUCAGGAUCUGUAAAAAGCGUGCGACUGGCGAAGAAUUUGCUUUAAAAUGUUUACUGGACAAACCAAAAUCUCGUCAAGAGGUGGAGCUUCAUUGGCGAUGUAGUGGUCACCCACAUAUUGUGUCUUGUGUGGAUGUCUUUCAGAAUGAAAUUGUAUUGCCAGGAGAACAGCAUUCCAAAAAAUGUUUAUUGGUUAUACUUGAUAUGAUGAAGGGUGGAGAACUGUUUGAUCGUAUUCGAAAAAAGAUAAGUUUCACGGAGAAGGAAGCUAGCGAAAUUACUAGACAGGUUGCAGCGGCAUUAUUUCAUAUCCAUUCAUUGAAUAUCGCACAUCGUGACUUGAAACCUGAAAAUCUGCUGAUUAUGGAUAAGAGUGAUAAUGUUAUAGUGAAACUCACAGAUUUUGGAUUUGCGAAAAUUGACAAAGGAAAUCUAAUGACGCCACAGUUUACACCAUACUAUGUUUCACCUCAGGUUCUUGAAGCACAAAAGUUUCAUCGUGCACAAAAGAUGGGAAGUGUACCUUCAGGAAGCACCCCAUAUACGUAUGAUAAGAGUUGUGAUAUUUGGAGUCUUGGUGUGAUUAUUUACAUCAUGUUGUGUGGAUAUCCACCAUUUUACUCUGAAAACCCGAGGAAGCAAUUGUCUCAAGGUAUGAAGCGAAGAAUAAUGCAUGGAGAAUAUGAUUUUCCUGCUCCUGAAUGGUCAAAAGUGUCCGACCUAGCCAAAGAUGUUGUAAAAAAGAUGCUUGUGAUAUGCCCAAGUGAAAGAAUGUCAGUGCAAGAAUUGGUACAGCACCCCUGGCUUAAUAGUGGUAUAGCACCAGAGACCGUACUGCAAUCUCCUCAUCACAUGUUAGACCAGGAUGCGUUCGACUUAGCUGUUAAUACUCAUUCAAAAAUUCUUGCUGACAUGAGACUUCCUGAUACUUCAUUUUUACUCGACGUUCAAGCUAUUGAAAAAAAUCCUAUAGUUUUGAAAAGAAAGAAAGCACAGCAGGAAAGUGAGAAAAAAUCUGAACCUCCUCUUGAAGAAGUUGGUGCAACACAUAGAUCUUCAUCAGCUGUUGAAACGCCUGGAAUAAAAGCACUUAGGGAUAUGAUCGCCUUUCUUUACAUGCCACCUAUUGACAAGAAAGAUAGUCCAACGUUCGAAGAUUUUCUACGCAUGUUAACUUUGGAAGCCUUGAAGCAUAAUGGCGACUCAAGGAGAGUAAACGAUGCACUGGCUUCAGAACAUUGGAACGGUCGUGAAUAUACUCGAGCUGUGAACAAAACGCAUUUAGCCAAAAAUCUAAGUGAUAUUGUGAUGCACUAUCAAAAUCAUCAAUACCAUCAAAGGUGAACGAUAUUGUCAGAUACUGUGGUUGAGAGAUGUUUUUUGAUGGAACUUAGAUAAUGCUAGACUACCAUAUGAGAAGUGGGAAGUUUCACAAAGAUCGAAUUGCAAAGUAGAUUCAAUAUUUUGACAGGAUGAAACUAGAAGUACCAUUCGAAUACACAAAAGAUGGAAUUCUAAAGUAUAGCCACGGAAACUGUAUAUAGUUUUAAUUUUUUUUUUACUUUCGUUUUAUGAUGGAAUUUUAGAAAAUGCUUUUAAUAUUUUAGAACUUUAAUUACUACCAUUAGUAUUUCACAACGAUAUACUUUAUCUCGCUUACCCAUGUUUACCAAUGUUCUUACUUCGCUUCACCUUGUUUUACCCUUGUUAUUACCUCGCUCUCCUGGUAAUGUGUUGUUACUUUUUACUCGCUUAUUAUGCUAUCGUCUUUUUUGAACGUAGUCACUGAACGUUUGCAGACCCUCCCAACUAAUUUAUGGAAUGUGUGAGGUCACGUGUGUAUCGUUGUUUUCAUAGUAGUAAAAUAGUACCAUCCGAAAUAUGUGGACUAACUAGUAAAGGUAAAAAUCACCUUCUGUUUCCACGUACUCUCCAAAUUCUUAGGAUGAUAAAAUUUUACAAGUUUAUUUAUUAAGGUGUGACCGUGUAUGACGCAAUACGGUACAGUUUUACAAGAAGAAUUUUAAGCGUCUGCUGGGCCUUCAAUGUCCUUGUUAUGAAAAAUGUGUUUUCAUUCUAUAUGGUGCGGAUACGUAAAAUUUAUCUUCUAUGUUUUAUGUUACUUUAUAUUGUAAUUAUUUAUUAAUUAAUGGUUUUAUAUUGUUUUAUUGAAAGAAAGAAACAUGAUGUAUAUAGGUAGUGUGAUACAUGUUUGUUUGUUUGUUUGUUUGUUUGUUUGUUUGUUUGUUUGUUUGUUUGUUUGUUUGUUUGUAUUUCUUUUGUAAGAUAUAUGUAAGAAAAUGUAAAUAUAUUAUACACGUUUUUUUAAUCUUGUUUCAACAAAUUUAUUGAUUUAUUUUGGUGCAGAUAACAGACUUUAACAGAUAUAUUGCACGA